UUAAAAAAGUGAAGGUUAACCCGCCAAACGAAAAGAAGUAAACUCACCAUUCUUGCUCAAUGAAAACGUUCGAUAUUUAUGUAUAUUUUCCAAUUGUGUUAUUUAAAUAACAUAAUGUUUAUGAAAGUGUAUUGAGACUGAAGAUUUACAAUUUCAACAACCGGUAGAAAGUCGCUACUAUGACAACUUGUUUGGAAAAGUCAGCGCGCACGUUGCUGAAUAAGUACUGAUAGUGUUAUUUUUGGUACAUCAUUUAAUUCAUUCAUUCAAUUUUGUUUUAAAUAUUAUUUUAUUUAAAUACACGGUCAAACGUUACGCGGCUACUAAUGAAAUUAUAAAUAAAAGACAAUACGUAAUGAAAACGAAAUUUGAUAAUAUUAUGUUCUAUAAAAUAUUUCUAUUAUAUCAAACAUUUCAUUUGCUUGUGUUACCCCUGUUGAUUGGACACGUCCAUCGGUUCUAAGAACACCACCAAUCGUUCUUUGCACGAUAGCCUUCAAGAAUAUCAUCAAGGAUGUCUUUUCAAUAAACUUUUAUUAAAACAUAUUUUCACAUACACCGAGUCUCGUAUAGAUUUAUAACAAUAAAGUGAAAGAUCAUUGAAUUAUAUAUAAAACGAUUAGAAUGCGUUGCUUGUACAGUAAGAUUGCCGCUUUGCGGUUGGUACCAAAAGGGCGUUGACAUUUAAUCAAAAAGGCGAAACGAGAAGAUGCGUCUGUGACAUUAAUUCGCCAGUAGCAACCUGAUCGGAUUCGUUGUUACUCUUGAUCUCCUAUGAAUUGCUCGGGGAACAUGUCAAUUAAUUUAACGAAAAAUAAAGACGCCUUGGUGGCUGCCUGGCACAGCGUAGUCGACGAUAAAUCGUCUACUAACUGGGCUGUAUACGGAUAUGAAGGACAAACUAACAAUUUAAAAGUUGUUGGAACUGGAAGUGGUGGAUUGGAGGAGAUGAUUGACCAUUUAAAUGGUAGUCAUAUCAUGUAUGCCUUUUGUCGAGUAAUAGACACUAAAACAAGUCUGCCAAAAUGUCUGUUAAUAAACUGGCAAGGAGAAGGUGCUCCUAUAGUUAGAAAGGGGACAUGUGCAAAUCAUAUUAGAGAUGUAGAAAAAUUACUGAAAGGUGCUCAUAUAACGCUUACCGCACGCAAUGAAGAUGAUGUAGAAGUAGAUUUCAUUAUGGAGAAACUGGCUAGAGCAACUGCAUCUGCGUAUAAAUUUAAUGAACCCAGAGGUGAAAAUGAAGGUAAUACAGGUCCAGUUGGUACCACGUAUCGAAGAGUGAUCCCAGAGCAAGAGAUAAAUGCAAUCGAACGUGACCAGUUUUGGCAAAAAGAAGAACUGGAAGAAAAGAAGAGAUUGGAGCAGGAACGUAUUAAGUCUGAGAAAGAACGUUUGAGACUUGAAGAAGAAGUUAGAAAAAGAGAAGAGAAAGAAGCGAUGCUUAGAGAACAACAAGUCACUGCCAAAGAAAAUUCAAUAGCACGACAAAAACUGGCAGAACAACGGGCGGAGGAGGCGCAUAAUAAACGCAAUCAAAUGGCAGCAAGUCAACAUUAUAGUAACGAGCUUGAGGACGAUCAUAAAUCGCGAAGUGAAGAGUUGCGACGUCAGAGAAGUAAAGAAACGCAACAAUUAAUUGCUCAAAGAACAAUAAACGCGCGAGCAGUUUUCGAGCAGAACUCGGCUGCGGGUCAGAUGAAGUCUACCUCGGUACAACAACAAUAUGUACAAAAGAAUAGCCACGUGGAGGCAGCUAAGAAAGCGCUAGAAGAGGGUCAACAGAAGGAAAUACCUCAAACUAAAGCACAGGAAGAAAUAAAGACUGAAGUAAAUAAAGCACACAACUUAGAAGCAACUACAAAUACCGCUUCAAAUACACCUCCGACUCAAAGUCAAUCUAUAGAAUCUAAAACAACUGAGCCACAAGAAGAGUCUGAACAACCACCAGUGACGAAGGAAGCAGUUACCGAAGAGAACGAAUUAUACAGUCAAAUGGACGGACAGUACUUAUAUUUCGAUGCAAACAACGAAGGAAUGAAAGCGAGAGCCUUGUACGAUUAUCAAGCGGCUGAUGAUACAGAAAUUACUUUCGAUCCUGGUGACAUUAUUACACAUAUAGACGCCAUUGACGAGGGAUGGUGGCAAGGUCUCGGACCUGACGGAACGUACGGGCUUUUUCCCGCUAAUUAUGUUGAAGUUAUUGAGUAUAAUACAACAUGAUAAAAAGAAGCUUGUGAAAUUAGAAUAUUUUCUUUUUUCUUUUUUUAAUUUAAAAGAAACAGUACUUGCUUUUUUGGAUAUAAAAUGUAAUACAGUAUUUUUGUUUCGGUAAUUUCCUAUUCUUUUUGUUUUUUUUAAUGCAGAACAUUCAAUUUUAAUCGUAUCUUGAUAUUCUAAAAUAAACAAGUAGUAGGUAAAUGCAUAUAUACAAAUGAAAAAGAAAUUACGUUUAAAUUUAAAUAUUUGGUGCACGCUCAUUAACCGAAGGAAUUUUAUACUUCGAAUAGUAAUUAUGCAAGAUAUAAUUAUUGUUAAUAUUUUAGCGGUCAAAAUUUUGAACUCUAAUAGUCUUAUAAUGCCAAUAUAUAUACGAAUGGCGAAGUACGUCUUCCCAUGUUUACCGUCACGUAUGAAAGAAUUAGCUGUAAACGAGUAUAUGUUUUUAUAACAUCCUCUGUCGGAAAUCGAUGCAAUUGUAAGAAUAGCGUAUUUAAUAACUUAGCAAACACCCUUUAAAUACAUUUACGAGAUGUAAUAACUACCUACUUAGGAACACGUUUAAUUCUUUAAAUAAAUACUUAAAUUUGUUAUAGUA